GAUUAGACGUGUGGGCCAGAAGCAAAAUAAAGGCACCGUACGUCCCUCUGUCUCUCUGCAGACAGCUCCUCAACCAAGAACAAACUCUCAACAUACGCAGAACAAACACUCCUGUCACAAACAUAUUAUUUGGGGUGAGGAAUUGUGUUGUGGACAGCUCACUGACCGUACCCAUGGCUCUACUGAAGUCAGGCUGGCUCUGGAGACAGACCUCUAUCCUAAAACACUGGAAGCUGAAUUGGUGUGACCUGUGGAUCGAUGGAACCCUGGCCUUCUACAAGACGGACAGUAGGCGAGAAUUUGAGCACCGAGUGGGCCUCAAGACCAGUUGUGUGAGUGUCAAGUCUGGCCUGGAGUGUGCAGGUCUCUCUCCCCCAGAGAACCACCCCAGGGAAAACCUGGUGGUGGUGCAGCUUGGAGACAGUACCACAGUGAUCCUGUGUGCCAACAGUGAGGACGAGGCACUAGCGUGGAAAUUGACAAUUCUAGAGGUGAGACGAAACCCAUUUGUGUAUGACCCAUAUAACGACUCCUACCCGUCCGUCCCAAUGGACGUCCACAACACCAUCUACCUGGCUCCUGGAUCAGGUACCCACCACAUACUGAUCCAGAGAGACCCAUACGAUGGCAUAGGAGAACAGGUGGCACUGGGGCUACUGGCGGGCAUGGCGGCAGGUGCUGCUAUGCGCUCCUUUCUCUGGAUGCCCUUCUUUUUUUGCUGAUAUAAAAGGCCUCUAUAAGCAGGGAGGCACGGCUGGGAAAUGCCCAGGCUCAUAUAUGUAGGAGUGCUGCUGUAGGCAUCACUCCUAAAAGUCUUCUUUCUUGUCAUACUUGAGUAAAAGUAAAGAUACCUUAAUAUAAAAGGGCUCAAGUAAAAGUGAAAGUCACCCAGGAAAAUACUACUUGAGUAAAAGUCUAAAAGUAUUUGGUUUUAAAUAUAGUUAAGUAUCAAAAGUAAAAGUAUAAAUUAUUUCAAAUUCCUUAUAUUAAGCAAACCAGACAGUACAAUUAAAAAAAAAAAUGUUUUAUGGAUAGCCAGGGUCACACUCCAAAAAAUAAAUAGUAAAGUACAGGUACUCCAACACACUACUUAAGUAUUACUUUAAAGUAUUUUUACUUAAGUACUUUAGACCGUUGCAGAAUAUGAGUGCACGUGUGUGUGUUUGUGUCUCUGUGUGUGUGUGUAUCAUCAUUUGUUGUACACUUGUCCUUAAUGACAUAGGCUAAAUUCACACAGCAUAUUUAGUAUGAAUCUACAGUACCAGUCAAAAGUUUGGACACACCUACUCAUUCAAGGUUUUUACUUUAUUUUUACUAUUUUCUACAUUGUAGAAUAAUAACGAAGACAUCAAAACUAUGAAAUAACACAAAUGGAAUCAUGUAGUAAUCAAAAAAUGUUAAACAAAUCAAAAUAUAUUUUAUAUUUGAGAUUCUUCAAAGUAGCCACCCAUUGCCUUGAUGACAGCUUUGCACACACUUUGCAUUCUCUCAACUAGCUUCAUGAGGUAGUCACCUGGAAUGCCUUUCAAUUAACAAGUAUGCCUUGUUAAAAGUCAAUUUGUGGAAUUUCUUUCCUUCUUAAUGCGUUUGAACCAAUAAGACGUGUUGUGACAAGGUAGGGGUGGUAUCCAGAAGAAAGCCCUAUUUGGUAAAAGACCAAGUCCAUAUUAUGGCAAGAACAGCUCAAAUAAGCAAAGAGAAACGACAGUCCAUCAUUACUUUAAGACAUGAAGGUCAGUUAAUGGCGAAAAGUUUCUUCAAGUUUCUUCAAGUGCAAUCGCAAAAACCAUCAAGCGCUAUGUUGAAACUGGCUCUCUCAUGAGGACCGCCACAGGAAAGGAAGACCCAGAGUUACCUCUGCUGCAGAGGAUACGUUCAUUAGAGUUAACUGCACCUCAGAUUGCAGCCCAAAUAAAUGCUUCACAGAGUUCAACUAACAGACACAUCUCAACAUCAACUGUUCAGAGAAGACUGCGAGAAUCAGGCCUUCAUGGUCAAAUUGCUUAGAAGAAACCACUACUAAACGACACCAAUAAGAAGAAGAGACUUAUUUGGGCCAAGAAACACAAGCAAUGGACAUUAGACCGGUGGAAAUCGGUCCUUCAGUCUGAAUCCAAAUUUGAGAUUUUGGUUACAACCGCCGUGUCUUUAUGAGACACAGUUUAGGUGAACGGAUGAUCUCUGCAUGUGUGGUUCCCACCGUGAAGCACUGAGGAGGUGUGAUGGUGUCGGGGUGCUUGCUGGUGACACUGUCUGUGAUUUAUUUAGAAUUCAAUGCACACUUAACCAGCAUGGCUACCACAGCAUUCUGCAGUGAUACGCCAUCCCAUCUGGUUUGUGCUUAGUGGGACUAACAUUUGUUUUCAACAGGACAAUGACCCAAAACACACCUCCAGGCUGCGUAAGGGCUAUUUGACCAUCAGAUGACCUGACCUCAACCCAAUUCAGAUGGUUUGGGAUGACUUGGACCGCAGAGCGAAGGGAAAGCAGCCAACAAGUGCUCAGCAUAUGUGGGAACUCCUUCAAGACUGUUGGAAAAACAUUCCUCAUGAGGCUGGUUGAGAGAAUGCCAAGAGUGUGCAAACGUGUCAUCAAGGCAAAGGGUGGCUACUUUGAAUAAUCAAAAAUAUUCCAAAUAUUUGUAUUUAUUAACACUUUUUUGGUUACUACUGUAUGUAACGGAUGUGAAAUGGCUAGCUAGUUAGCGGGUACGCGCUAGUAGCAUUUCAAUCAGUUACGUCACUUGCUCUGAGACUUAAGUAGGGUUUCCCCUUGCUCUGCAAGGGCCGCGGCUUUUGUGGAGCGAUGUGUAACGACGCUUCGUGGGUGGCAGUUGUUGAUGUGUGCAGAGGGUCCCUGGUUCGCCCCCGUGUCGGGGCGAGGGGACGACGUAAAGUUAUACUGUUACAUUGGUGCCGUGACCCGGAUCACUGGUUGCUGCGGAAAAGGAGGAGGUUGAAAGGGGGGUGAGUGUAACGGAUGUGAAAUGGCUAGCUAGUUAGCGGGUACACGCUAGUAGCAUUUCAAUCAGUUACGUCACUUGCUCUGAGACUUAAGUAGGGUUUCCCCUUGCUCUGCAAGGGCCGCGGCUUUUGUGGAGCGAUGUGUAACGACGCUUCGUGGGUGGCAGUUGUUGAUGUGUGCAGAGGGUCCCUGGUUCGCCCCCGUGUCGGGGCGAGGGGACGACGUAAAGUUAUACUGUUACAUGUACAUGAUGUCAUGUGUGCUAUUUCAUAGUUAUGAUGUCUUCACUAUUAUUCCACAAUGUAGAAAAUAGUACAACAUAAGGAAAAACCCUUGAAUGAGUAGGUGUGUCCAAACUUUUGACUGGUACUCUAUGAAACGCAUGCGGUAUGCAACAUAUAUGAAAAACAUAAACGAGCCGACCUGCAUAUUCAGCUGCUUGAGGUUAAUGGCACCCCACAGAACCCUUGACUGCAAUACAUUUUUUACUUGAAACAUCGAGGUGCAAAAGCUGAUUACAUGUAUUAACCUUAGAUCCUGUACUUCAUUUCAGGUACAGUUGUCCAUUCACUAUGUUUGAGUGCAAUGCUGUUGUUACUUUCAAAUUGAAUAAAAUAGUUUCAAAACCA